AUGAAGCGACAUUCUUGUUUAUCUCAACGAAAACCCCAAUCGAUGAAUCCUCCUAGGGCGGCGAAGCUCAAUCCUUUUAUUGUUGGCGACUAUUUUCAAAAACUAAAUAACGUUUUGGAAAAAUACGACUUGAAACGUCAACCUGUAAAAAUAUUCAACAUGGAUGAAAAGGGAUGCAGACUAACCUUGCACCACCAACAAACUGUUAUUACCCAAAAAGAGCACGCCGAAAAUUGUACAAUCGUCACUUGUGCGAACGCUCUAGGGAAUGCCAUUCCGCCGAUGUUUUUAUUUAAAGGGCAACGGAUCAAACCAACGUUUAGUGAUAGGUUACCACCGGGAUCUCAAGUGAGGAUGGCUCCAAAAGUUAGCAUGACCACCAGCUUGUUUAUUGAAUGGCUCCAUCAUUUUUCCAACUUUAUUCAGCUGCCAGUUCCACUGAUAUUUGACGGUGCCGCGUCACAUCUCGACAUUUCCAUUGUCGAUGCUGCCGAGCCAUUGGGAAUCCAUUUAUUAUGUCUUCCGUCAAAUACUACCCACGAACUACAACCCCUCGACAAAAGUGUUUCGCUCUUUCGAACAUAUUGGGAUGAGGAGUUGUUACGGUAUUGGGAUAAAUAUCCGGAUAGGAAGAUGAAUAAAGAAAGGUUUUCCGAAGUUUUCACGCCAGUUUGGAGUAGAUGGAUGACCAUGGCUAAUAUAACGCAUGGAUUCAGAACCACAGGGAUUUACCCAUUUGAUAAAAAUGUCAUUCCUGAACACGCUUAUGGACCAAGCGUUCCGACGCAGCAGAAUCAUACUCAAAAUGAACCCGAAGGCAACGAUGAAGACUCUUCUGAUUCAGAUGAUCGUCAGUUAACUAAGCACGUUACACCCUUGAAGAAAAACACUUUUUAG